AUGCCCUGGCCCAAACAAAUAAUUUCCCCACCUUCACCUCCCGAUCUCGACAUUCUCGGUGAUCAAGUCACCCUCCAUCCAGGCGGCUAUGUCGCACCGUCUACCAAGCCUGGUGGAGAUGGCGAGCAGAACCUUGUCGAGCACAUGGCUCGUUUCCGCGAAUCACCACUUGACUUCCUACGUGAAGUCUCGCUACACGUGUCCGGUCAGGGCUGGCGGGCGUACGAUGAUGUCCUAGGACAACCAAUAUUCUAUAGUGGAUUUUCGGAGGAUAUGAAGCGGAUGAUUAUGCAGACGCCGAUGUUGAGGCAGAAGCUCGAGGAGUUGGCAGGAAGCAGAGUGUUGAUCGAGGAGCGUGAGGGUCUGCUUGGCUCAGAGACAGAUUUGGAAGAGAAGAAGAAGAAGAAGAAGAAGAAGAAGAGGAGGCAGGAGGCGAUUGAGGAGAGUCUCAAGGAGGUAGCGCUUGAGAUGACAGACGCAAUGAUCUGCAAGAUGGAGAGCAAGAGGUUCAUCAGGGGAGCAUACUAUGUAUGCACGCAACUCUUGACUCGAGCCUAUCAUCAGGGUAUUCAUGUUUCAAGCGAGGAAGUGCUGAGGUUGAGGUCCGUUGCGGAAGACGCGGCAGGGAAGAAGCAGUCAAUCAUCUUCCUACCCUGUCACCGGAGCCACGUCGAUUAUGUCAGUUUACAGAUCAUUUGCUAUCGGCUUGGGAUUGCUUUGCCUACGGUCGUCGCUGGGGACAACCUCAAUUUCCCAGUCGUUGGAGCUUUUCUGCAACAUGCUGGUGCAAUGUGGAUUCGGAGAAGCUUUGGCGAGGACGCGCUGUACACUACUCUCGUGCAAGCUUACAUUGACACACUCUUGCAAAAUGGGUACAAUUUCGAGUGUUUCAUCGAGGGAGGGCGUUCGAGGACAGGGAAGCUGCUGUCACCCAAAUUUGGCAUCUUGAGCUUUCUUCUAGAUAGCGUACUGUCUGGGAGGGUGAAUGACGCUAUAAUCUGCCCAGUCAGUACACAAUACGAUAAAGUUGUCGAGACAGAAUCGUACAUCAGCGAGCUUCUUGGUCAGCCAAAGCCAAAAGAGAAUUUGCAAGACUUUUUGUCUGCUUCUUCAGUGCUCUCCCUACGACUCGGCAGGGUAGAUGUUCGAUUCCAUGAACCGUGGUCCCUGCGUGAGUUUCUCAAUGACCAAAUAGCGAGGAUCGACGCAUUUCAACCCAGGUCUCCGAGCUCGCCAAAGGGCACUUCCCGCAAGGAUAAUCGGGUCCGGUUGCUUCGGACGUUGGGCUUCAGAGUUCUUUCCGAGAUCAAUGCUGUGUCCGUGGUCAUGCCGACUGCGUUGAUCGGGACAGUUCUCCUCACUCUACGUGGUCGUGGCGUUGGCAAAGGCGAGCUUAUACGGCGAGUUGAUUGGCUGAGUGAUCGAGUCAGGAACAAAGGGGGACGAGUCGCUCAUUUUGCGGGCGCACCGACUGAGGCUGUCGUGGAUCGUGGACUUGAGGUGCUGGGAUCAGGGCUCGUUGGCAUUGUGCCUGGUUUACCGGAGACCACGUAUUACGCUGUUGACCGCUUCCAGCUUUCUUUCUACAGGAAUAUGACUAUCCAUCUUUUCAUCUCUGAGGCUUUGGUUUCGGCCGCAAUGUACUCUAAAGUGAAGCAAGGCGGUGGUCCCGACAAUCAAAUGAUGUCGUUCAAUGCCCUAUAUGAGCAGGUUGCAUUCCUCUCCCAACUCUUCAGGGGCGAGUUCAUCUAUCCAACUGCUGGCUUGCUGGCAAAUCUGAACGCCACUUUGAGCGGUUUGGAGAGCGAUGGUGUGCUCUCCUUGACAAAAGACGCUACAGGUAAACUCCUCUCGGCGCAAGUCUCAGCUCAAGAGAGAGCCAGUGGUCGUGAAAAUUUUGACUUCUAUUGCUUCCUGAUCUGGCCCUUCAUCGAAUCUACGUGGCUUGGUAGUGUCUCACUGAUGGGCUUGACUCAACCACUGACCCCGCAAGGAGAAGCUGGAGAAACGUGGGUUGAUUUUACCAAGGCACAGGAUACUGCUCAGCUCCUCGGCAAGACGUUGUACCAUCAAGGCGACUUAUCUUAUUUCGAAGCCGUCAACAAGGAAACGCUGAAGAAUGCGUUUCAGAUUUUCGAGGAAGAAGGGAUUGUUUUCAUCGAGAAGAACGGCAAGGACAAGAAAUCUCGCUCUUUAAUCUGCUUGGCGGAGGAGUGGGCGCCUCAGCGAGACCCUGAAACAGGCCAAAUUAUCUCGCAAGGAAGGUUGUGGGACUAUAUCGAGAUGAUAGCCAAGUCGAGACGAGAAGGCAAGAAUCGGAGGGAUGGAGCAACUGUCAGUUCGAGAGUACUGAGGCUUACGGAUAGUCUGGGGCAGCAGUUGUUCGAGAAUGCGAAGGUCGACGGUGUGAUAGGCCAGGAAGGACCCGGUAGCUUUGUCAAAAGGAAGAAGAGCAGGAGAGACUCAUCACGGUCAAAGAUGAAGGCUCGGUUCUGA